AUGCUAGACCUUUUGGGGCUCGACUAUCUGGUGAAGAUCUAUUUGCGCCAUCCCGAAACGUGGAGAGGGCCCAAGCUGUUGUUUAAAGUCCACCCAUUGGGGAAGGCGCCGAUUCUCGAGAUCCACUUUGCCGACGGGCGGGACCCGUUGCAGUUGGUGGAGACGGGGUUGAUCAUGCAAUACGUGUUGAAGCACUACGACCCGCGGGGGCUUUUGCGCCCCAACAACCCUGCCGACGAGUUGUUGGUCGACUACUACCUCCACUACGCCGAAGGGUCGUUGGAGCACAUCUUGAUGGCGUUGCUUAUCAACUCCACCGCCAAGCUGGUGGCGCCGUUUGGCAUGAAGCUGCUUGCCAAAUUGGUGGCCAACGGGUUGAACCAAGGGUACUACAUCCACGAGUACCGGCUAAACAUGGACUACCUCGAGAACCAGUUGAUCGAGAACGGCACCGGGUACUUUGUCGGCGACAAGUUGACCGCCGCCGACAUCAUCUUGUCGUUCCCGGUGUACGAAAACUUGUUUGACAACGAGGAAGGGGUGAAGGAGUGUACCCAAGACAAGCGGGACAUCUACAAGCUCUGGCCCAACCUCGGUGCCUGGUGUAUCCGAGUGGUGCGUAACGACCCCAGCUACAGCAAAAUCACCGAGAUGAUGAACCAGCAGAUCGCCGAGCACCAGGCGAUGGAGCGCCGCAAGCGCUAG